UGUCAGAAGGUUCAUUGAAAUAGUUGUUUACAAAUGUCCAUGCAAGGAGAUAAAACAUUAAAAUUUCGAAAUGUAGAUUAAGGACAGCAAAAUUCGAUUCGAAUAUAACAAAUCGAUCAUUAACUAGGACAGUGUAGUUAAAAUUAGAACUCGAAGAUGGUAUCGACUCAAGCAAGGGUGUCUUUGGAACACUUUGUAGGUUCCUUUAUGGUUUUUACCAUAAUGGGUCAGUUGAAUAUUUAUUACAAACUAACAACGAUCGAUUUGAAUAUCUUUAUUUUCUUCACUACUGGUUUAAUGAUUUGGGUGCUAAUACGACUGGCUUUUGAUGGAGAAGUUUAUGAGAUAGCAUUGAGAGCAGCUUUUCUUGGAUCCACAUUUGGGUUGGGGCUCUAUAUGUACUUAACAUGUCAGAAUCACAUUGGCAUUUUUGGUAUCUACAUGUGUGUUGUGUCUUUUUUUCACAUUUCGGAGUUUGUGGCAAUUGCAUUUAUUCAACCUAAUCAAGUUUCAGUUAAUUCAUUCGUACUCAAUCACAGCCUGCAGUAUACAAUUGCUGCUGUAGCAUCCUGGAUAGAGUUUUUUAUUGAAGUCUAUUUUUACCCAGAUUUAAAGAAGUACAUGACAAUAUCCUGUGUUGGAUUAGCGAUUUGCAUUUGUGGCGAAACAUUGAGAAAACUUGCUAUGUAUACUGCUGGAAAAAAUUUCAAUCAUCUUGUACAGUGUGAGAAAGCCAAAGAUCAUAUUUUAGUUACAAAAGGUAUAUAUGCAUGGUUUCGACAUCCAAGUUACGUUGGAUGGUUUUAUUGGGCAAUAGGAACUCAGAUAAUUUUGCUUAAUCCAAUUUGUAUACCCGCUUAUGCCAUUGUCUCUUGGCAUUUCUUUAAGACCAGGAUAUAUAUAGAAGAAAUUACGCUUUUAAAUUUUUUUGGCCAAAAUUAUGUCAACUACCAGCACAAAGUGGGCACAGGCAUACCGUUUAUAAACGGCUAUAGGAUCUAAAUAUAAUUAGCAACUAAGCUUAAACCAAUUUUAAGACUUACUGUUUGUUGUUGAUGGUUAACAAACUUUGAUGUAAUGACUGUGACCUUUUUAAAACUCUUGUUGUUACCCUUAUUUUUAUUAAUAUAUUUUUUAUAUUACAUAUAUUCAAGUUGCCAUUUAGUUAUACGUAUUUUAAAGAAACCGAAUAUCAUAGAAACACUUUUGAAAUAGAUAUUUAAACUUCUUUGCAAUAGCCUUUUGUUCUGUUUUUAAAUGACCAAAAAGUUUUUCUUCCAAAGCGGAAAGAACAUAGAAAAUAUUUAACUCAGUGAGGUGAAAUGGAAAAAUAUUGGCAAAUAUCAAAGAAAAAGUAAAGGGAAAUAUUCCAAAAAAUUAAGGAAAUAGGGGAAACUAUUUGUGUGAAUGUUGGGAGGUGGUUCCCACUUGUUUUUUUUUUUUUUUAUUUUGUCCAUCUUAUAAAGGGCUGGUUUUGAAACAACUUUGACAACAUAUAUUUUUUAACUUUGAGUUUUAAAGUACAGGUGUUCUUGCUUAAAACAAAAAACAAAAUUUAUUAUUAUUAUGUUUAAAAAAAAUAUUAAUAAAGAGAAAAAAUUAUUAUGUAUAUCUAAUAUCCUGGCAACUUAUUUUCAUUUGAAUUUCAUUAAAGCUUAAGAUGUUAUCUGUAAUGUUUUGUUAAAGGUUAACUUUCAUACUGCUAUAUAUCAAACUAAAAGUCGAAAUACUUAAAUCAUUGGACUGACAUUUUUUCCUUUAACUAGUACUCUUAGCCUAUGCCAAAACAAAACAUAUUUUUAUGUUUAAAAUAUUUACUCAAAACUACAAACUUCCCGAUAGUAACUAGAUAUUUAAUUUUCUUUAAUUCUUCGUUAAUUUUGACCAUUAAUUAGAUAUAAAACCUUUCAAAUCUGUUUUUUUUUAUAAAUACACAAAUAAUUCUUUGGAAAGGAUGGAAACACCCUUUUUCCUUGAUAUCAAAUAACAUAAAAUUCUAAUAAAAAUAAAGAUGUUAUUCAAAAGUUUUCUAAACGCCAUUCAUAUUUGCUAAUCUUAUGGCAAUUGACGCCAAAGGCAAGGCGCGAUAUUUAUAUUAAAAAUGAAAAAAGCGUUCCUGGUGCACCCUCACAUUCAUAAGAAUUCGUUGCACCUAUAGAUUUUUUUAAAAAGAUUUUGCUCCAGUAUUCAACAGUGAAUGUAAAGGUUUUAAGAAAGUUGAACAUUUUGAAAAUGUGUUUGCUUUCUGAGCAAUAUAUCAAUUGUUUUUGUAUUUCAACACUGAUUCUGUAUCUGUAAAGGCGGUUUGCAUCAUACUAUCCGUCCUAGACAGAACGCAAAAGUGAAAAGCCAUUUUGUUGUUAUAUUUAUCCUUUUUUUAUUUAUAAUACUAGAGUGAAACUUUAUUAAUUUUAUACAAUAUGCAUUGGACAAUCAAAUCAGCCUGUAUUUGAGACUCUUGAUAUAAUAUUAAACUAGGAAGCAUUAUAAAGGAUUAGUCGAAAGUGAGUGUGAAUUUAAAUUUGUGCUAAAUUAUUUGGAGAUUUUUUUACGAUUUUUUGUUCAAUAUUUUACAUUUUUACAUAAAAUAACGUCGGUUCUAGAAUUAACUUACUUAUAGAAGACAAAUAAUAACCCAAAAUCAUUUGGUUUAGUAGAUUCUUAGUUUUUAAUGCUAAAUAUGAUUUGAUAAUAAAAAUAGGGUGUUUCCAUUUUAAGAUGUUUUUUGGACCCGGGUUUAAAAUUACAUUGAAAUUAUAUAUGAUUCAAUAUUAAGAAUUCUUGAAAUAUCGUAUGGUUUGCAAAGAUCAUAUAAUUUUACAGACGAAUUAAAAUGAAAUACAUAUAGGAUAAUAUUUUUCCAUUCAAAUCAGUUAAGAAAUAAAAAGCAACGGUGUAAACUCAAUUCCACGUAUAUUCCAAAUUAAUUGUAGAAUUAUCAACGCGUAAAAUUGUCAUUGUAACAUGGUUAGUUAAAAGACAAUAAAAUCAAUAUCUGAUGUGCUGUUGAAAAUUUCAAAUUUGGGACGAAGUGAACAGGUGUAAUUUCAGUAUGAGUUCCUAUUUUAAAUAUAAAAUUUUAAAAUAUCACUCAAGUAAUUAAUUGUGGAAGACAAUAUGAAAUGUACGUGUGACGUCAGAUUUUCUAAGCAUCCUCGUUAAAAAAAAUGAGACAGAAAGGCGUUCGCAACAUUGUUAAAGUCAAUUUUCAAAAUGACACAUCUCGCACAUUGAUUAUGUAUUAAUAUAAUUAUUUUAGUAUCAUACAUGUUGUUAAUAGUUUAAAUAUUGCGUAUUUAAUUUUUGGUAUAAAGAUGCACUCAAAUUACAUAUUAGUGCAAGCAAGAGAAUCUUCUAGUAUGGAAAAGUACAUUUGAUGCAGCAUUUCUAAAAAGUUCUGAAAAGUACAAUUUUUGUUUACUCAUUCGAAUCGAGUAGAACGUUUUGUCUCUUAAACAGUUUUUUUAUAAUGAAAGAUCUAGAGACCCCCUGCAAUUUUGCAUAAGAGGCCAGUUUUCAUUUACAGCGUCGUUAAUUGGGCUAAAGUGACAAAAAUAAACUUCAACAAUUUCAAACAACAAAUUUGACAUCUAAAUUUAACGCACUGGCAUAGACUAGCAAUAAAUUGCAGUCAUGUCAUUUUCAUAAUGGAAUUUGUACCAAGUUCAUAUAAAUUCUUCAGAGCGAAGGAUGCACUUGUCAAAAUAAAAUGCUUAUUAAGCACAUUCCAAUUAGUUAAUGUUUUUUCCUUUGCUGUUACUAUUCUAAAUAAAGAAAAAAGGGACUUAAAACAGGGUAAUGCGUCAAAGCACACAAGCGAGUUAGAUACUUCGAAUUCCCGUUAAAAAAUUAGAAUUUUCCUUAUUAGAUAAUUGUUAGAUAAUUUUUAAGACGACGUUAAAUGUUUUUUAUUGACAUUUAAGAUAUCGUUAAUACUAAAUAUGUGCGCUACAUCAAUGUGAAAUUGGCGAAAACUAUGGGACAUGGUGAAUUUUUUUUUAUUUGACAUUGGUACGUUUUAAAAUAAUUAUCAGACAAUAUCAGAGAAUGGAUCUUCACCAAUAAUAACCUUAAUUUUCUCUAUUUUACUAACCAACUUCUCAUCUUGGUGACCAGUGGCAAAAAUGCAGCAAAUGAAAAUAUUUGAUGCAUGUAUCACAUGAAAUGUUUAAAGGUUAGCUGUUGAUCAUUAUUUACUUUUUAAAUAAAGAUCACUUACGAAUUUUGUGGACAAAGCUAUGUUAUUUAAUAUUUUUUAUAUUUAUACAAUAGCCGAAGUUGUAAUCUAAAUGUAAUAUAAAUUAACAGUUUACUUGUAAGACAAUGCACUAUAAAUAAUCGUAAAGAAGGAUAAGUUGCGUGACUGUGCAAGAAAACGGUUAAUACAAUAUAUGGGGAUUUAAUGUACCAAAUAAUUACCAGUAAUAUAUUGUCUUUGU